UACGUAGUAGUGGCAACCUGCCUGACGGAACUGCCUGGAAUAGCGUAGCAGAGCAGAGCCUGCAAGCUGUCGACUUCGAAAUCCCAAGUGCAAACAGACCAAACCCUCCUCACUGCCCGGCCCAACAACACCCUCGGCGUCGCACCAUCGCCGAACCCUCCCGCUGCCAUCGCCAUCAUCGCAUCGAGCCCUCUCGAUCCCCCCGUAGUUAAUGCGUCCUCACGUCGCAUAUUCAAGGCUCAGCGAAGAGCAAAAGGCCUACACCCCGCUGAAGCAUCCCUUCCCGACCUGAGGCCCGCCGCGCCGUGCGCGUCGCGACCAUGUGGACAGAAAUUGCCAGCUCCGUCGUCGAGCUUGCCCGCCGAGCCGACGAAGAGACUGAUCCCGAUGAGGCCGACUCGGGUCAGAAGGAGAUAUUUGCCUCGUGGGCGUUAUUCAUAUCCAUCGUGCUCCUCAUCAUCGCCUUCUUCACCAGCUACAUGCUGCAGCAGAAGAAGGUCCAGGCCGUCCACGAGACUGUCAUCUCCAUCUUUGCCGGUAUGACGGUUGGCUUGAUCCUCCGAGUGAGCACCGGCCAUUCCAUCCGACAGCUCGUGAGCUUCGAUUACCAGAUCUUCUUUAACCUCCUCUUGCCGCCCAUCAUUUUGAAUUCGGGAUACGAGCUGCAUCAGGCCAACUUCUUCCGGAACAUCGGCACCAUCUUGACCUUUGCUUUUGCCGGCACUUUCCUCUCUGCCGUCGUCAUAGGCUUGCUGCUCUGGCUGUAUACCCGCAUACCGCUAGAAGGGCUAGAGAUGACCUUCGUCGAUGCGAUCUCCGUCGGCGCCACCUUGUCCGCUACCGAUCCCGUCACCAUCUUGGCCAUCUUCAACACCUACAAGGUGGACCCUAAACUAUAUACAGUCAUCUUUGGCGAAUCGAUCUUAAACGACGCCAUCGCGAUUGUCAUCUUCGAGACCGCGCAGAAGUACAAGAGCGAGGCCGCCGCCUCCUACGGCUUUUUCAGCUUUUUCGAGGGUGUGGGCAUUUUCUUGCUCAUAUUCUUUGGCAGCCUGGUCAUUGGCGUCCUAGUCGGCGUCGGCACCGCGCUUGCCCUCAAGUUCACCUAUAUCAGGCGGUAUCCUCAAAUCGAGACAUGUUUGAUUGUGCUGAUCGCUUACUCGAGCUACUUCUUCUCGCAAGGAUUGAAGAUGUCGGGUAUCGUGUCGCUCCUAUUCUGCGGCAUCACCCUCAAACACUACGCAUACUUCAACAUGUCGCGGCGGACGCAGCUGAGCACAAAAUACUUUUUCCAGAUCCUGGCUCAGCUGUCGGAGAACUUCAUCUUCAUAUAUUUAGGACUGUCACUGUUCACGGACAACGACCUCCAGUUCCAACCCCCGCUAAUUAUUGUUACCAUUAUCGCCGUUUGCGCAGCGAGAUGGGUAGCCGUGUUUCCGCUGUCCAAGGCCAUCAACUGGGUCAUCCAUUAUAGGGCGCGGCGCCGUGGUAAGGAGGUCAGCGACGAAUUGCCCUACAGCUACCAAGCUAUGCUGUUUUGGGCAGGCCUACGGGGUGCCGUCGGUGUGGCACUGGCUGCUCUGUUGUCGGGUAAGAACUCGUACGCUCUCAAGGCUACCGUGCUCGUCGUGGUAGUGCUCACGGUGAUCAUCUUUGGCGGCACCACGGCCCGUAUGUUGGAGAUAUUAGGUAUCAGAACAGGGGUGGUGGAAGAGGUCGACAGUGACGAUGAGUUCGACAUCGAAGCCGCGCCAGGUGGCUCUUAUUAUAAACGGUCAGGGACCGGGAUCGGAUACACCCCGCGGGCAAGGAAUGGGUCGGUGCGCCUGGACCCAGUGGAGGCAGGAAGAUCUCGGCCAGACGCAGGACCGGAACGCGGAAGUUAUGUAUCCGGGCAUCGCUCACCGUCCUUCCCAACCUCGCGCGCUGCAAGCUCGACUCGCAGGGGCUCCCGCCAAGUCACCGGGGACGAUAUCGAACGCGCAGAUCUCCUACACGGCGGGAGCGUGACCGACUCAGACCUGGGAAGUGACAUUGAUACGUCGGACCUCCCGCCUCCUGCGCGCAAGUCCUCGCAAAAGAAGUCGAGCUCUACCCUAGCAGCCGGGGCGGCGGCCGAAGAAGAGGGUGUAUUCUCGUACCCGACGUCGGGUCAUCGAGAGGGAGCGCCCGUUUCGGCUCGAGCCGCCUUCAGGCAACUACUUAGUUCCCAAGACCCCCACGCGCUGUUCAGACAGCUCGACGAGGAUUACAUUAAGCCGAAGCUGCUGCUCGAUGGUGGCGGCUCGGGUUCGAGCAAUCGAGAGAACGGGCAAGGCAGCUCUGGGUAGAGCUGGGCGUGGCAGGCGGGCCAUUUCCUUGCUCCGGAGGGGGAGGGGGGGAGCCUUGAUGUUUUAUAUAGACAGCCGUAAACAAACAGCGCGUGGUGACGAAGGGAGGGAACAGGUUUCUCCAGCAUGAUCCGGAUUCGUAGAGGCCGCGCAUUCUACCCUGCCAGUCGUAAACACGCUGCAACCUAUCCAGCAUGGCCUAAGGAUGUAGAUGUAGUAGGGAUGUGGACCCGUUAUCUGGCCGCACCGUUGGCGUUAUCACACAUGCUUGGAUAGGACGGGGAAUGUAGGCCUCGUCGUCGUCGUCGUCGUCGUCUAGCACGUAACCUAUGCAGGAUUCAUAGUAUGUGGAAGCAAUAGAUGUUGAUAGCACACG